AUGGAUGAGAAGUUUCGGAACGAGGACGAGGUGGAUCCGGUGGUUGUUCACAAUGAUCUCAAGCCUGAUAACGUGUUUGUCAAUCAUCCUGGAUCGCUGGGCAAAGAUGCGGAUUAUAUCAUGUUUCCCGCCGCGUAUAUCGGCGACUUUGGCCUGGCGUUUUUGACUUCGGAGGGUCGACCCAAGAAUGGGAAAUAUGGAGGAACACCCGAUUUUGUCGUGCCGGAAAACGAGUUUGAUGAAGAAGGAGACAAGGUAUUUGAGGAUACUGACUGUCACUCAAAGUCAAAUAUUUGGGCUAUUGCCUAUAUCAUCUUACUUCUCAUGGAGAGAACCACCGACAGACUACGACCACCAGCAACAGAUUACGUCGAAUACAACAUGGAGUGUUGGGAAAUGUUGGCUGUAGAGUUCCCCGGCUACAGAAAAGAAUUGAUCAGAACGGUAGAAAGCUGUCUCGCCCCAACAAUGGAGGAACGCCCUUCUCCCCAAGAACUCUUGGAGACCAUAGAAGGCUACCUGGAAAAAUUCUCAGAUGGCAUGAAACGCUGGGGCACACUCCCUUGGGCCACAGACCUACACAAC